AUGAAGAUUCAACCAAAAACAAAGAAAUUUCAAAUUGACAAUGAUGUGGAGAGAGAAAGAGAAGAAAAAGAAUUCUCUAAUCAGUUUAUUACAAAGCCUAAAGAGCUCGUUAGACUUGAUGGAGCUGAACCGAAGGAGGAACAUGGGAUAGAAAAGGAAAAAAGACUAAUUAAGAAGAAUAAGGUAGAAGUAGAACAAAAUAGAAACUUCAUAGCUUUUUCUACUCUUGGCAAGAAUCUUGAAGAGUAUCUUGAUGUGAAUCCAGAAUAG